AUGACCGUCUUUAAAACGCAUCUGAAAAUUUCCUUCUUCUUAUCUCUCACUUACUUCUGGCCUGGUUUCGUUGAAGCCCAGAUCUUGAAGCAAUCAUGCAUUAAUGAGGCUUGCAGUGCCAAGCGGGUUACCAUCUCUAACCCUCCUGUCAAUCUCUGGGAUGCCAAUGUUAUCGCUGCUUUCAACGAGUUCUUGGUCAGCCUACAAGAUCAGAAUGAAACCAAGGUAGUCGUUUUCGAUAGCGACAACUCCGACUUCUGGGCCUCUACGCUUGACUUCAAUCUAUUCACGAAGCUCGGGAUCCCUGGGCGCAAUGGUACCACUCUCAUAGACACAUACUUUGCAAAUUUGGAUCUCCUCUUGAGUACCCCAGUCAUCUUUAUUGGAGAGAUUAACGGUCGAGCCUGGGGUGCUGGGGAUGAGCACUUGCUGAGAAUGGAUAUGAGAUUUGCUGGACCAGAGGCACAAUUUGGCGCGCCCGAGGCGGCUGUUGGAGUGAUUCAUGUCGGUGGACUCCAACAGUUGGUUAAACUCAUUGGUUCUGGACGCGCUGCAGAAUACAUGCUUGCCGCUGCACAGGUCAGCGCUUCUGAAGCAGCUCGCGUUGGUUGGGUCAACUCUGUCCAUCCUACAGGCAAUGCUCUUCGAAAACAUGUGAACGACAUUGCGGCAAGGAUUGCACUCUUUCCUAUUGAGGCUCUUCAGGCGACCAAGGCCAGUAUUGCAGAACAGGCUCCUCCUAGGGCCGCCUUUGAAAACGAUCUUGCUCGAUUUAAUCAGCUGGCAGCACUACCACAGAUUGCAGCAAAUUUGGGCACCAUUCUGCAAGUAUCCAAGAACGAAUCCAAGUCUUUUGAGGAAAAUCUCAACAAUAAUAUCGUUAAAAGGCUUUAUCAAGAACCUAAUUAG